AUGAGGUUCUCCUCUAACGUCGCCUCCCUGACACUCGGCCUGUUGGCCUCUACGGCAUGCGUCGCAGCAGCUGACGCCGAGCCCGCGGCUCCUCAGAUCGACGAGGAUGCCUUCGUUAAAGGCGCGUAUAUCGUCGAAUUUGACGGCGAGGCCGACUCCACGGGACUCUUGGAUGAGCUCCGAUCCGAUGGCCUAUCUGUUGUGCCCCGCCUGGACCUCAAGUACCGCCUCUUCAACGGCGCGUCUAUCCGCGUUGAAGAUGACGAAGAGCCCCACGUCACGGCUGGCAAGAUCGCCGGCAAGCUGAGCGUCAAGGGCGUCUGGCCGGUGCGCAAAAUUCAGAUGCCAAAGCCGAACCCGAGCUCCGUCGGUCGCAACGGCACCGCGACCGGCGAGGCACUCCUCCGCUCCAUCAAAAACCGCCGCGAAGAGGCUGCCAAGGACAACUACAGCACCCAUGUCAUGACGCAGGUCGACAAGCUGCGCGAGGCUGGUUUUACCGGCAAGGGAAUCAAGGUCGGCAUUGUCGACACCGGUGUUGAUUACAGACACCCGGCCCUUGGAGGUGGCUUCGGCGAGGGUUUUCCAGUGGGCUAUGGCUGGGAUUUGACGGGAGACGACUAUGUCGAGAGCUCCGACGCGCCUCAGCCCGAUGCUGACCCCCUUGAUACCUGCCAGGGCCACGGAACCCACGUUGCGGGCAUCAUCAUGGCUCAGGAGAACGAGCUCGGCUUCACCGGUGCUGCCCCAGAUGUUACCCUCGGCGCCUACAAGGUCAGCGGUUGCGCCGGCUACACAACCAGUGAGAUCCUGGUUUCCGCUUUCUACAAGGCUUACGAGGACGGCAGCGACGUUAUCUCCUGCUCUGCUGGCGAUGACUCUGGAUGGUCCAUUGACGCUGCUGCUGUUGCUGUCUCUCGCAUCGCCGAGGCUGGUGUUCCCGUCGUUGUUGCGGCCGGCAACUCUGGCAACUUGGGUGUUUGGGCUGUGGCUUCCCCUGCUUCUGGCCAGGCUGUUGCCGGUAUUGGCUCCGCGGAUAACACUGUUUUGCCCAACUUGAUGACUCGCGGCACUUUCAAGAACGAGACUGGCGAGUAUGCUUUCGGUUGGUCUGCCGGCGCACCCGCAGUCACUGCGAACGUCACUCUGAGAGUGUGGACUGGCGCUGCCAACAACUCCGCGUGCGAGCCUCUUCCAGAAGACAUCGACUUGACUGAUGCCAUUCCAAUCCUCAACAUGGACGCUUGCGCCUCGGACAUCCAGGGUCAAAAUGCGCUUGACAGAGGAGCCAAGUACAUCUUCUUCUUUCCCUCAAGCGAAUCAAUUUACCCCCCAUAUGUUUACACCGACGGAAUCCUGGGCGCUGGAUUGAUCAUGCCCAGACAAGCCAGGGAAUGGAUUAACAACUCUGAGAAUAUCACCGUCACUUUUGGCCCUCCAAGCAGCUCCGGCCUAUUUGCUGAGCCGAUCAGCAACGGCGUCACCGCCGGAUACACCAGCCCCUUCUCUAGCUACGGCCCAACAUGGGAUCUUCAGCUCAAGCCUCAGUUCACCGCACCGGGAGGUGGAAUUCUUUCUACGUGGAUUUGGGAUCAGUCGCAAUACAUGGUUAAUCCAGGCACGAGUAUGAGUACCCCGUUUGUUGCGGCCGUGUAUGCGCUUGUUGGUCAAGUUCGUGGCACCCUGGACCAAGAGACACUUCGCAGCGUCAUUUCUGCCACUGCCGAGCCCAAGGCCUGGAACGACGGGACUACCGUUCAUGAGGAUGUUUUGGCUCCUGUGGCUCAGCAGGGUGCUGGCCUAGUGCAAGCUUGGGACGCUGCUCAUGCGACAACGAUUCUUGGGUCUACGGGCAUCUCCUUCAACGACACCGACCACUUCGUUGGAGAGCACACUUUCAGCGUCAAAAACACUGCUUCCGAGGCAGUUACGUACAAGCUCGGCCAUGCGAAGUCUGUGACUGUCUACACUUUCACCCCCGGCGAGGCUCAGCUGGUCGUUGCCAGAGCCCCUCCUCCGACAGUCGACGCGUGGGCCGACAUCAAGUUCGCAGCCGAUACUCUCACAGUUCCCGCUGGAGGUAGCGCCGACGUUGCCUUCACAGCUACCCCUCCUCCAGGACUGAACGCUACUCUCCUGCCUGUGUACAGCGGCUACAUCACUCUUGAGGGCAGCAAUGGGGAGACCCUCUCUGUGCCUUACCUCGGCGUUGGCGGUAGCAUGCACGAUACUCCCGUCCUGGUUCCUGGCCUUGGACUCAACGGCGUCUACCUGUCCUCAACCGACAACCACUUCCUCAUCCCCGUCGUCGCCAACCGUACCUUCACUAUCCCUCGCCCCGGAUCUACUGGCAGCGCCAUUUACCCCAAGAUGGUCGUCACCCCUACUGUCGGCACUACGAAGCUGCACGUUGAGCUCGUUGCUGUUGGAGUCACCAACUCCACCCUCAAGGUGACCGAUCACCAGGGAUACCCGACCCUUGGGCCGGUCCCCAACUCCCCUGUCGAAUAUGCUCACCGUUUUGGAUACACUUGGAACUUUGGCGGGUUCUUGGCUGACCGGACUAUUAUUCCUGAGGGCACAUACAAGUUCAUCGCCCGUGGCUUGAAGAUCUUCGGCGAUGAGACGAAGGAUGAGGACUGGGAUGUUGUUGAGACUGUUCCCUUCAUCUUGAAGUAUCUCGCCUGA